AUGCUUCAAGCGCAGACCCAACACGUCUUCUCUCACCAACAUCAAUACCCCCAGGCUGACCCCUCGUGGAUGCAGCAUCAGCAACAGCAACAGCACCAUCAGGCUCAGCCGCACCCACACCAGUCGCAGCAGCAGCACGCUUCCCUGGUCGCCCAACAGCAUGCCCAGGUGCAAGCUGCUGCUGCCGCAGCACAGCAACAACACUAUGGCCGCAUUGCCAUGAGCGGCAACGGCGCUGGAAACCCCGCGCAGGGAGCCGGUGGCGCCGGCGGCAUGGGUGGAGAUGGUAUGUCAAAUGCGGUCUCCGGCAUGGACGGUGGAAUCAGUGAGGAGAAUCGCAAGGUCUUCAUUUGGGUCGCCGAGCUAUUGGAUCCAGCUCGCAGGGAAUCGGCUUUGAUGGAACUGAGCAAGAAGCGGGAACAGGUCCCCGAACUGGCUCUGGUUAUCUGGCACUCUCUUUGGUAUGGCUCCAUUCCCGAUGUGCGAUCAGCCCCGUCUACAAUAACUAACGGUCGGAAACUUGCAGGUGUCAUGACUGCGCUCCUUCAAGAAAUUAUCUCGGUAUAUCCGCUCUUGAACCCCUCUCAGCUGACUGCUGCCGCGUCAAAUCGAGUCUGCAAUGCGCUGGCGCUUUUGCAAUGCGUCGCCUCCCACAAUGAGACCCGCACUCUCUUCUUGAACGCUCACAUCCCUCUUUUCCUCUAUCCUUUCCUCAACACCACAUCCAAGUCUCGUCCCUUCGAAUACCUCCGACUUACAUCGCUGGGCGUCAUCGGCGCAUUGGUGAAGAAUGACUCCUCUGACGUGAUCAACUUCCUCCUAACUACAGAGAUCAUCCCUCUCUGCCUUCGCAUUAUGGAGACGGGAUCGGAACUGAGCAAAACUGUUGCUAUCUUUAUCGUACAGAAAAUUCUUCUUGAUGAUAUUGGCUUGGGCUACAUUUGCGCGACAUAUGAAAGAUUCUAUGCUGUGGGCACUGUCCUAAGCAACAUGGUCACUCAGUUGGUGGAGCAACAGACUGUCCGCCUUCUCAAGCAUGUUGUGCGCUGCUUCCUUCGCCUCAGUGACAACAGCCGGGCCCGAGAGGCCUUACGGCAAUGUCUCCCCGAACCUCUCCGGGACGCCACGUUCUCUUCCGUCCUCCGUGACGAUGCAGCCACCAAACGCUGCCUGGCUCAACUCCUUAUCAACUUAUCCGACACCGUCUCGGAUGGAGCCCCGACAGCCAUGUAA